UCCCGCCCGGGGCUCCUCGCUGGCCGGCGGGGCCAUGGGGGAGGCCGAGGUGGGCGGCGGCGGUGCGGCUGGCGACAAGGGGCCGGGGGAGGCUGCCACCAGCCCGGCCGAGGAGACGGUGGUGUGGAGCCCCGAGGUGGAGGUGUGCCUCUUCCACGCCAUGCUGGGCCACAAGCCCGUCGGUGUGAAUCGGCACUUCCACAUGAUCUGCAUCCGAGACAAGUUCAGCCAAAACAUCGGUCGGCAGGUCCCAUCCAAGGUCAUCUGGGACCACCUGAGCACCAUGUAUGACAUGCAAGCACUGCACGAGUCUGAGAUUCUUCCGUUCCCAAAUCCAGAGAGGAAUUUCGUCCUUCCAGAAGAAAUCAUUCAAGAAGUCCGAGAAGGAAAAGUGAUCAUCGAGGAGGAAAUGAAAGAGGAAAUGAAGGAAGAUGUGGACCCCCACAAUGGGGCUGAUGAUGUUUUUUCAUCUUCAGGAAGCUUGGGGAAAGCAACAGAAAAGUCCAGCAAAGACAAAGAAAAGAACAACUCGGACUUGGGGUCCAAAGAGGGGUCAGACAAGCGGAAGCGCAGCCGGGUCACUGACAAAGUCCUGACCGCCAACAGCAACCCCUCCAGCCCCAGUGCAGCCAAGCGGCGCCGGACGUAGACACUUGCAGCAGGCGGGUGCUGUGGUCUCCAGGCAGUCGGCGGGUCAAAUGCCACCAGCCCUGCUGCCUGCCCUCAGGUGCCAGAGGCUCCUGAGGUGUCACUCAGACCAUCUGGGCUCAGAUGGCCCCCAACGCCCAGGACGGGUCCCGCUCAGAUGCUGAGGCCCGGGAUGUGUGAGCCCAGGCCGUGUCCUCUCUGGACACUUGUGGGUUCCAUCGCAUUGGCUCAGCUGCACCUGGGGCCAAGCUGCGUGGGCAGAGAGCGGGCACAGCAAGCAAUAAAACAUGGACUGCCUCUCUGCUCUGAGGGGCCCGGGUCUUCCCGUUUGUCCAUCUGUCCACCAGUCAAAGGCUCGCUCUCAACUGACUGCAGCCUCAGGGAAGCGUCAGGCCGCAGGCGCCGGCCCUUCCACCACCAGGGAGACUGAGAACUGGGUACUUUGCCUCAUUCACCUGUACUGUAAUGAUGUAUAUAAUUUGGUUGGUAUUUCACUAUUUAAUUUUUAAGAAGCCUAUUUUACUAGGGUUUUAUAUGAAAAAAGUACUGCAGAAGUUGAACCUGUGUUGUAUUUUUUCCUGAGAUGUUUUGUUUUAAGGUAACAGACUACUGAGAUACUUUUCACUCAGUUUUUAUAUGCCAGAUACAAAGAAUUUGUAGCGGUUAUUUUUGUAUUCUCGAGUCACUGCACUGGCAAACAGACCAAAUGAAUGAGCAGAGGGAGGCAGGCUGAGGGAGGAUGCAGCCUGGGCACCAGGCUGACCCAGACACACUUACUUUUGACUGAGGGACAUUAAAGCACAAAAAAGCAA